AAACCUUAUUAUACAUGUUAUAAGUAUGAAUGUGAUAGAGGAUCAAUCUAUGGUAUUCUACACAGCCAUGUAAGAACAGAGUAAUACACUGCGGGAAUGGGAUGUUUGUGUUAGAAAAAGUAGGGACUUAAAGCUACACCUGAGAAUGGAAAAUGCCGAAAAAUGUGAUAUGUGUGACAGAGAAUUUUCUAGAGAUAGUGACCUAAAGAUACACAUGAGAACACAUAUAGGUGAUAAACCUUAUUAUUGUGGUGUAUGUGGUAAGGGGUUUAGUUAUAUUAGUAAUUUACAGAAUCACAUGAGGACACAUUCAGCCAAAAAACCUAAUUUCUGUGAAGUAUGUGGUAAAGGAUUUAGUAGGGUUGGACUUUUACAGAUUCACAUGAGAACUCAUACAGGUGAUAAACCUCAUGACUGUAAUGUAUGUGGUAACAGGUUUAGUCAGCAUAGUAGUUUACAGAGUCACAUGAGAACACAUACAGGUGAUAAUCCUUAUGACUGUGAUGUAUGCGGUAAAGGGUUUACUCAUCAUGGUAAUUUACAGAUUCACAUGAGAACACAUACAGGUGAUAAACCUCAUGACUGUGAUGUAUGUGGUAAACGGUUUAGUCAGCUUGGUGCUUUACAGAGACACAUGAGAAUACAUACAGGUGACAAACCUUUUGACUGUGAUGUAUGUGGUAAAGGGUUUAGUGAGCAAGGCACUUUACACAAACACUCGAGAAUUCAUACAGGUAAUAAACCUUAUAUCUGUGAUGUAUGUGGUAAAGGGUUCAGUCAUCCUGGUAAUUUACAGACACACAUGAGAAUACAUUACGAUGAGAAACCUUAUGACUGUAAUAUAUGUGGUAAACGGUUUAAAAGUCAUAGUAGUUUACAGAGACACAAAAAAAUACAUACAGGUGAUAAUCCAUAUGACUGUGACGUAUGCGGUAAAGGGUUUACUCAUCAUGGUAAUUUACAGAUUCACAUGAGAACACAUACAGGUGAUAAACCUCAUGACUGUGAUGUAUGUGGUAAACGGUUUAGUCAGCUUGGUGCUUUACAGAGACACAUGAGAAUACAUACAGGUGACAAACCUUUUGACUGUGAUGUAUGUGGUAAAGGGUUUAGUGAGCAAGGCACUUUACACAAACACUCGAGAAUUCAUACAGGUAAUAAACCUUAUAUCUGUGAUGUAUGUGGUAAAGGGUUCAGUUAUCCUGGUAAUCUACAGACACACAUGAGAAUACAUUACGAUGAGAAACCUUAUGACUGUAAUAUAUGUGGUAAACGGUUUAAAAGUCAUAGCAGUUUACAGAGACACAAAAAAAUACAUACAGGUGAUAAUCCUCAUGACUGUGAUGUAUGCGGUAAAGGGUUUACUCAUCAUGGUAAUUUACAGAGACACAUGAGAACACAUACGGGUGAUAAACCUCAUGACUGUGAUGUAUGUUGUAAACGGUUUAGUCAGCUUGGUAAUUUACAGAGACACAUGAGAACACAUACGGGUGAUAAACCUUAUGACUGACAGUGUGUGAUGUAUGUGGUAAAGGGUUUAGUGAUCCUGGUAAUUUCAAGAAAUAUUUAAAAAUACAUACAGGUUAAACAUGUAAACCUGACAUUUGAGAUCACAAAGAAUUUAGUCAAUUUAGUAGUUUAAAAGCAUGUAUGAACAUCCAUACCAUUCAAUUUACCUGAUGACCAUGAUGACAGUGGUAUAUAUGGUACAGAGUUUGGUCAGCAUUGUAAUUUACUUAUUGACAUGAGAACACAUACAUUUUAUUAAGUUCACGACUAUGGUGUAUGCAUGUACAUGUAUGUGGUAACGUUGAGCUAACUUUUUAAUACAAAGAAACACAUGAAAACACGUACCUUGUACAUGUGAUAAACAUCAUCAGUGUUGAUGUAUUUGGUAAACAGUGAUAAAGGUUUGAGUUUACUUAAUGUGAUAUACAGGGACACACGAGAACACACACAGCGAUAAACCUCAGGACUGUAAUGUAUGUGGGAACGGGUUUAGUGAUGUUAUUGAUUCAAAUAGGCAUUUGAAAAUACAUAUAUAGGCAAAAGGGCAAAUCUCACACUCAUGACAUUCAGUGUGUGAUGUGUAACACACAAAUGUAUACAAAUCAUCGUAUGACUGUAAUGUAUGUGGUACAGGGUUUUGUUGGCAUUUUCAGUCACAUAUUAAAACGAAAACAUUGAAACUAAUAAAUACGUUAUAAUAUGGACAAUUAACAAAGACAGAUGAGAACACAUACUAGUGAUAAUUUACACAGACAUAUGAGAACACAUACCAGUGAUAAUUGACACAGACACAUGAUAACACAUACUUGUGAUAAUUAACAUAAACACACGACAACACAUACUAGUGAUGAUUUACGUUAACAUGUUUUAUAACACAUAUUAGUGAUAAUUUAUAUAGACAAAUGAGAACAUUUACUAGUAAAUAAGUGAUAUACAAUGUAUCUUCCGUUGACACAUGAUAAACUUACAUGUACAUAGACACAUGCAUGAGAACACAUAUUAGUUGAUAAUUAACCGACUCAUGAGAACACAUACUAGUGAUAACCAGGGUUUCCCCUGGAUCAAUUAUUUUUUUCGCCACCUCUUUCGCCAAAAAAAAAUUUUUUUCGCCACUUUAUAUACUCAUAGAUGUAUGUAAAUUAAUCACAAUUUACAUGCGUAUAUGAGACCCAUAUUAGCAUGAUUAGAAAAUCAAAUAUAUUUCAUUUAUCUAGAAUACUAGUAAUAGAAUACUUGACUGUAAAUAAACUUUUUGUAAAUAUCUGUUUUUGAUUGUAUUGUGAUGUGUGUGUGGUCUCAGGAGAGAUAUAUAUUUUGUAAAAAAUAUAA